UGGGACACUUGAAAAAUGGUUAUACAGUUAUAACUUAUUCUUAGACAUGUUGCAGAGAAUAUAUAUAAUGAUAGAUGUUGCAUCUGCAAUGGACUAUCUCCACAGUGGCUAUUCAACACCAGUUGUGCAUUGUGACUUGAAGCCAAGCUAUGUCUUGCUAGAUCAAGAAAUGGUUGGCCAUGUCAGCGAUUUUGGCAUUGCAAAAUUGUUAGGUGCAGGAGACGCUUUUGUUCAAACUAGGACAAUUGCAACCAUUGGAUACAUUACUCCAGAGUAUGGCCAAGAUGGAAUAGUAUCCACGAGCUGCGAUGUUUAUAGUUUUGGCAUCCUGAUGAUGGAGACGUUUACAAGAAUGCGACCAAGUGAUGAAAUGUUUACUGGAGACUUGAGUAUACGACAGUGGGUUAGUGAUUCUUUUCCAAGUGGAAUACAUAAGGUGGUGGAUGCUAAUUUAGUGCAGCCAGGGGAUGAAAAACCCAACACAAAGAUGCAGUGUAUGUUAUCUAUCGUGGAAUUAGCUUUGAGCUGCACUGUAGUGAUACCUGAUGCAAGAAUCAAUAUGGAAGAUGCUCUUUCAGCACUCAAAAAGAUCAAGCUCCAGAUUGUCAAUAGUCGCCACUAGGUGGAAUUAGAACAUCGGCUCAGGAUUGAUGCUUGAUUGCCUAUGUCAUUUGAGCUAUUUAAGAUGAAUACAGUAUUGUACUUCAGCUUGUAUAUGUUCUCUCUUUU